UGCUCCGCAGCCAGUCAAGGAGGAGGAGGGAGGCGUGCCGGGGAGGAAGAAGAAGCAGUUGUGUGCUGCCGGGGGGCUCAGUGCCACCCAGAGCAGGUGGGGAAGGGUGCGUGUGCCCAUCAUCGGGGCAUCUGGGCUGCCACACAGGGAGAUGCUGGGGGACCGCACACUCCGGCUGCAGCAUGGGAACCGCAUCGAGGCCCUGUGCGUGCUGGGCACCCACAUCUCUGCUGAUGUCUAUGGGGCGGCCCCAGCUGGGGCAGUCUCCUUUGGUGUGAAGCACACAGAGGGGGUGAGCGUGGAGGUGGCAUGCCGGGGCCAAGCAGAGGUUGGGUCAGCCCCCGGCAGCAGAAUGCAGUGGCCACUGGAUGAGGGGACAGUCCUGAGGAUCAGCAUGAGCCGGGCCAGCACUGAGGUCAAUGAUAACAAAGUAACUGUCAGCUUUUACGCAGAGGGAGGGCAGCCCAUCAACCAAGCCGGGGUCUUCCUCACCGGCAUCGGGAUCUCUCUGGAUGUCGACGCAGAUCGGGAUGGCGUGGUGGAAAAGAACAACCCCAACAAGGCAAGCUGGACCUGGGGUCCCGAGGGACAUGGGGCCAUCUUGCUCGUCAGCUGCGACAAGGAGAGCCCCUUCACUCCAGCAUCAGACUGUGACGAAGAAACAGUAUUCAGCAAAGAAGAUUUGCUGGACAUGUCUCGGAUGGUCUUGAGGACCAAAGGGCCACAGCGCCUGCCGCGGGGGUACGAAAUCGUUCUCUAUAUUCCUGUCUCUGAUGCUGACAAAGUUGGGGUCUUUUACGCGCAGAACCCCUUCUUUGGGCAGCGCUACAUUCACGUGCUGGGCCGGAGGAAGCUGUACCACACUGUGCAGUACACCGGUGGGGCUGCUGAGCUUGACUUCUUCGUUGAGGGGCUCUGCUUUCCUGAUGACACCUUCUCUGGGCUGGUCUCCAUCCAUGUCAGCCUCCUGGAGACGCUGGCUGAGGGUAUCCCCCAUACACCAAUCUUCACCGACACAGUAGUGUUCAGGGUAGCACCGUGGAUCAUGACCCCCAACACUUUGGCACCAGUGAAUGUCUUCGUCUGCAGCGUGAAGGACAACUACCUCUUCAUCAAGGAGAUAAAAAACCUGGUGAACAAGGCUGGCUGUGAGCUGAAGGCUUGCUUUGGCUACAUCAACCGUGGGGACCGCUGGAUGCAGGAUGAGAUUGAGUUUGGCUACACCCAUGCUCCCCAUAAAAGCUUCCCAGUGGUGCUAGACUCCCCUCGAGAUGGAGGUCUGGAGCAAUUCCCCAUCAAGGAGCUGCUGGGCCCCGACUUUGGCUACGUGACCAGAGAGCCCCUCUUUGAAGCCAUCACCAGCCUCGACUCCUUCGGCAACCUGGAGGUCAGCCCACCCGUGACCGUGGCAGGGAAGGAGUAUCCCCUGGGGAGGAUCCUCAUCGGCAGCAGCUUCCCCACAGCUGCAGGGAGGAGAAUGACCAGAGUAGUGCGGGAUUUCCUCUACGCCCAGCAAGUGCAGGCUCCCGUGGAGCUCUACUCCGACUGGCUGUCCGUAGGCCACGUUGAUGAGUUCGUCACUUUUGUGCCCACCUCCGAUGCAAAGCUAUUUCGGAUGCUGAUGGCCAGCCCCGCGGCAUGCUACAAGCUCUUUCGGGAGAAGCAGAAGGAGGGCCAGGGUGAAGCCACCAUGUUCAAAGGGUACUUGGGAACAGACACAAAACGGGUCACCAUUAACAAGGUCCUUUCCAAUGACAACCUGGUGCAGCAGAACCAGUAUGUCCAGCGCUGCAUCGACUGGAACAGGGAUGUCCUCAAGAAGGAGCUGGGGUUGACGGAGGAGGACAUCAUCGAUCUGCCGGCCCUCUUCAAGCUCGACAAGCAGGGCAAAGCCAUACCAUACUUCCCCAACAUGGUCACCAUGAUCAUCCUGGCCAAGGACCUGGGCAUCCCCAAACCCUUCGGCCCCAUGAUGGGGGGUGAAUGCUGCCUGGAGCGGCAGACCCGCUCCCUCCUGGAGCCGCUGGGCCUACGCUGCUGCUUCCUCGAGGAGGUGGCCUCCUACCAUGGCAGGCUCGGGGAGGUCCGCUGUGGCACGAAUGUCCAGCGGCAGCCCUUUGCCUUCAAAUGGUGGCACGUAACACCAUAGUGAGGCCUCCUCCUCCCUCGCCCCCGGUGGCUUUUUCGGU